UAUGUGUGUGUGUGUGUAUCUAUGUAUAUAUAAUCGCAUGUUUAGGCUGCUUAUUUUAUAAUCGAGAAUUUUCGUGCAUAUUUUUUCCUUUGGCGAUUAAUGAAUAUUCUCCGAUAAGAAGUAGAAGGAGAACAACGCAAGAGUGAAAUUAAGUUUACUGAGGGUGCAGAUUUGGGAGAUAUAUAAAUAUAGAAGAAACAUUUCCUUGUGUGAUUUUGAAAAAAAAAAAACAUCAAAUUUCAACUGUAUAUUCAAAAAGGGAUAAUGACAACAAAGAAGGAACACAGUAAGCAAACACGUCUCAGUAUUGAGGAUCGUGUUAAAAUUUUAGAACGUCUUGACAAUGGAGAAAAAGCUGUAUCUUUAGCACCGGAGUAUAAAGUAUCUACAUCGGCAAUAGCAAAUAUAAAGAGGUCGAAAGAGAAUUUGUUGAAACAAAGAAAUUCACUUAUUAUGUGUCAAGGAAAAACGUCGAAAAAACGAUGCACAGGCGUUGAAAAUAGUCGCCUGGAUCAAAUGUUGUAUGAAUGGUAUAUUGCGGAAAGAGAUAUAGGUACUCAUGUGACAGGACCAAUGUUGCGCAAAAAGGCAUUGCAGUUGAAUAAAACACUUAAUGGUCCCGAGACUUUCAAAGCAUCUGCAGGAUUUUUGAAUAAAUUUAAAGAGAGACAUGAUAUUGUUUUAAUUCGUGCAGAGAAAGAUGUUGAUGAAGAACAAAAUUCUACUGUUCAAGAUGCAAGCGAUGACUCGUGUCAAGAAAUGAUUGAUGACAAUGAAAAACAAGAAAACUGGGAAAUAUUAGAUCAGCAAGUGAACUUGCCUGAACAGUAUGAAGAUGACAUCGAUCAUGAAGAAAAUGAAGAAAAUGAAGAAGUAGAAAUAGAAAUAGAAAAUAAGGAAUAUUUAGAUGACAGUUUUGACAAUGAUCUUACAGCAAAGAAUGCUUUUAAUGCAAUUAAUGCAUAUAUUAGUUGGUACCAAAAUCAGAAUUAUUGUUCGCCCGAAGACUGGCAAUAUCUAUGGAAAUUUUGGAAACAUUCCCUAAAUCAGACCUUACUUACAAAGAAAAUAUAAAAUAACAUAUAAUAUAUAUGUAUAUAUUUAUUAUU